CAGGGACGGACUGACCAUUUGGAAACUCGGGCACUGCCCGAGGGCCCGGGUCAGUAGGGGGCCCCAUGAGAUGCCCCUGGUACCUUUUUCAUAGGCUUUUUUGAGUUUGGGCAAGGACACAGGGGCCCCAUGAUCCCCUAUUGCCCGGGGGCCCCAUGAGUUGUCAGUCCGCCCCUGGUAGGGUGCUGAACAGUGCUGGCCAUCAGUGCCCAGCAGUGCUGCCAUCAGUGCCAGACAGUGCUGCCAGCAAUGCUGCC